UCUAUCGUCAGGAGAGCGGUGUCAAGGCUGUCUGGUUUUGUCACUUUGUCUAGCGUCUUUAUUUACAUUCGUCAAAAGCCUGUCUUAUUUUGAAGGAUUCAACCGGAAGCGCGUUUCAUUCAUAUUAGCGGUACUUGACGCAGGUCGCCCCACUGUUGCUCUCCGGUCUCCAGUGUGGAUUUACAUACCCUGAUUUCCGUGGGACUGGGGAGCUGAAGAGGAGGGUAGUGAGCCUUCCAGGAACUAAGGAAACAGCCGCAAACAGCGAAACGUUACAAAUGUACAUCCUGUAGCCUUAAUGUUUGUUGUUUCACGACUUCAAACCACCGGAGUAACAGUCCAUCCACUUUUCUGUCGGCUCCACGCAACUCCACGCAGUAUUUAACAGUCUGGAGGAGGGCUGCGAGGUUUUCAGAGAAGCCUGGAAGCAGCUCGAGUUGAAACCCGGUUAGAAGGGCUGUGGCCAUGGCCGGGGGUGGUGGCGGUGGUGGAGGGGUUUCUCCGCUGGGGCCCGCACCGCCAAUGUGGUAUCACCGGGACCUGAGUCGAGCGGCGGCCGAGGAGCUGCUGGCCAGAGCCGGGAGAGAUGGCAGCUUCCUGGUGCGGGACAGCGAGAGUGUCAACGGAGCAUACGCUUUGUGUGUACUGUGAGUAACUUUCGCUGAAAACACAAGCCUGGUAGAACUUCUUAAAACUUUUGUUUACAAUUUCUUGUCACUUUCAGAGCAGAUAAGAUUGUAUCUUUACUUUUAUUUUGGAUUUGACAGUGUUUUUAUGGUCAACAGUUUGUAGAUGUAUUCAGGGAAUCCUCGUUUUUUCACGUUAAAGCCACUGCUUUGUUUGCUCUACCAAGUUGUAAUGUUUUCCAAGCUGUACCUAUGUAAACUCUCCCUUCAUUUGCUGUUGUAUGAGCUCAGCUUGUACAUUAAACCUGCACUAAACUGCCUCCAGCCAAACAUGUUUACUUGCCCCUUGAAGUAAGAGGCAGAAGGAGAGAGUCUGUAUGUCUGCCCGGCAGUGAAACUCCAGCAUGGCACUCAACUUUAGGGCUGUCCCUGUCUGUCUUGUAUCUGAUGUGGUUGCCUGCAGUGCUGUUUUUACAGGGCACUGGAGCUGAAUGGUGGUGGAGGUAUAUAUAAGCAUCCAUGGGCUGGUGAGGCCUAACUGAUGUUUUAAUUGAAGGCUCAAGUAAAAUGAGCACAGCAGGGGCACAGCUGCUUUAGUCCAUGAGUUACACACAAUUUACCAAACUAUGACAGCAUUAUGUGUGCCGUGCCAGGAUUGACAUCCUCUGUUUAAAGGGGGGAUGACAAACUUUGGCUGUGUCCGGAAUGAAUCACUCAAUCCCUAACCCCCUUAUGGGGUUUCACUAUAUAGUUGACUAUGUAGUGAACUCAAUCACUGGAGGUUUCGGACACUACAUGGCAAGACGCAAUGCAUGACGGGAUGCCCACCACCGGUGAGUGACCAUUAGAUGGUCACUACAUUUUCAAUGCUUUAUGGGAAAUUUUGAGUUUAUGUGGGGCACUAGAAUUGAUCACUGAGGUUUCGGACACCCCUCAAAAUGGCGCUAACCCCCAUAUAGUCACCUAUGUAGGGGUUAGGGAUCCAUUUCGGACACAGCCUUCGUCACCUUUUGUGCAGAGAGUGAUGUUUUGACACCAAAUAAUCUCUGUGGUUAGGAGGUAUCCUGACCACAACAACAAAGUCACAGACUUUGAUAUAGAGAUACCCAAGAGAUACCCAAGUAUCAACACACAUACUGUGCCAAAAGUGUUAGAACAAAGAAAAGGGAUGCUGAAUUUAUUAGUAGUUCAAAUAAGUUGUGUGCUGGAAAUAAAGUCUGUCUUGUCAUGUGAUCAAACAUUGAUUUGACCUACAUGCCCCCCCUCCAUCUGGUGUUUACCCAAUGCUGAGUUCAAUGUGAGUGUGUUUACAUGUAAACCAUAACCAACUGGUGCAUAAAUAUCUAAUUGACCGCACUUAAAAGAGAAUACAUACCAUGAAGGAGUGGUUGUAAUGUUUCUGCUUUGCCUUCUGUGGCCAAGUCUGCAAAAGUUCAAUUCCUGGACUACUAAAGAAAACACAGGAAUCACAGGAAUGACGUUAAAGAGUGACACAAUCACACUUUUCAUACUUGCUGAAUGCACCAGUAAUUCAAUGGGUCACUCAAUGCCAACAACAUUCCUCACAUCCAUGCAUCAUCCGUCGCCGGAUGUAUUCCUGCCCCCACCUCUGCCUUCCUCUCUCCUUUCACCUUUCAUGGAGUGUUUAAUCGGAGACAGUUUCUUUCAUGAUACUGGACUAUGAUUUUGGAUGGACAUAAACAGUAUAUUAUAUAACCGCUGCUUCUUCAUUUUAGCAAAGGAUUUAGCCUGAACAAGAUGACAUGACCCAGUCACCAUUAGUAUUUACUUUAACUCUUAAACAGAUGACAGAUGCAACCACCUAUCCAUCCAUCCAUUACCCCCUAUCUCUUCCAGGGUUGUAGGAGUGUCGAAGCCUAUCCCAGCAGUCACUGGAUAACAUACAGGGUUGCCAGUUGGUCUCAGGACUGACACAUGAAAACAAACAACCAUUCACACACACUUACACCAAUGGUAAAUAUAGAUACAAACACAACUAGUGUGAAGAUUGGCAGGUCUUGCACUUGUUUGUCACUUUGUCUUGAUCACACAGCAGACUGAUAUCAAUGAACUAAAACUAUCAUGGUCUCAAAUGUGAGCUUCAGUGUUUUUUCUUACUACAUCCUUCAGUAAAUCUUGGUUAUUGUAUUGAUAGUUGAUGGAUAUAAUUGACUCAAAUAAGGAUGUUGGCUUUUUUUGUAAUCAGAUAUUGAAACCAGAUUUGUGAAAGAAUAGGGAAAGUGAUAAGAAUCUCCUAUUUGUGUUCAAAACUGGCAUAAACAUGGAGCUAUACAUGCCAUUUAUAGAUCAUUUUCAAAGCUCUGACACUUGAAUAUAAUGCAGUUGUUCAUGGCACAGUUAUUUUCGUUCAAUACUCAACACCCAGGCUGAGGUCAAUAAUCAGUAGGAUGCUAAUUCCAUAUGUUGGUUACAUCAAGAGAAAGUUGCAUGUGAAGUGGUGUUGAUAUGCUGCCAACAGCGCCAUUUGUGGUGUUGAUUUUGCAAUAUCAGUGUUGGAUGUUAUUGAGUGUGCUUUAUUCAGACCAGACAGCAUGUUAUAAGCAGUUAGAAGCUUCCCUCUCUCAUGAAACCCUUUUUGACAGUUGAGUCUUUUCAGGUGAGCAAUGUGUGUAACUUUGUCACAGAAGUAAACUACAAUCAGUGACAGGAUACAAACCACUGUUGUUACUAUUGUGCGACAGAGAGAGGCUGUCUGACUUCAUAAAUUAUGUCCUUUAGAACAGGUUUUCCUGGUACUUCGCUAGAGUCCCUGAAGCUGUCGUGGAAAAACAUGACACCAUCAAGCAUGGUCAAGCAUCUCAGUCUCGUGUCCUGAAUAUCACUGACUAAAUAAAUGUAUUUCCAGGAAGUAUACUCUGAAUCACCAGAAGUGUGAAAAUGUUUCAGACAGUAGUAAACACGGCACCAGUGGCUUCUUUAGAUAUAUUUAUUCUGUCACUUGAUAUUGAAUGUUUUAUCACAAAUAGCUGCCAGUGGUGUAUGAAUAACUUAAUUUCAGUGAUAUUUAAGGUAAAGACAAUUCACUCCAUUUCAAAUAGUGUGUGUCUCUCUACUCUGUAAAUGCAGCAUUUAAGGUGGCAGUUUAAUAUUGGAUGACUUGCUGAAUGCAGUCAGACUGUUUUGCCUAGAGGACUACAAGAUGGCACAGCGGAGGCACGGCUCAUAAUUGGGUCAGUGUGAGGAUUUAACAUGAAAAUGAGCUCAAAUUUGACCACACAAAUCAGGUGACCUCUUUUACAUCCCUGCACACGAUUCACAUACGUGCCCCUUUUUUUUUACAAACUGACUGCAUCUACUAGACAUGGCUGUUUGUCAGACUUGCCCUUGUGACUUCUAAAAACCAACAAAUGCACUUCCUUCUCGAGGCAACAAUGUGUUGAUUACAUGUUUCCACUCUGUCAGAAUAGCCUGGUGUGAAAAGAGUUUAUUGGUGUUUGUUGACUCUAAAGAAGCUCUUCCAGCCGCAGCAUUGACACCAGGUCAGGGUCACUUUGUCUUUUAGACCUUUCACUUCCUCUUGAAGAACAUCUCAGUUUGCAGACGUCGAGUUUUGUGUGUCUGCAGGCUAGUUUUUAGGUUAUGGUCUGACAUUUUGGGAAGUAACUGCUCGGAUAGGUCCACUUACUAUUUUGUAAUAGAAAGAGUGACAAUAAAGAGACGUCUUUAUUCAAAAUGUGAUUGAAAAUUUAAGACUCUAUGAAUCUGCUUCUAGCUCUCAGCAGCUUCUGUGAAAUUCCUAAUUUGUUGUGACCAGCUUCAAUAUCCCUUUAUUCUAGUAUGCCAUACAUCAGGUGACCCUACAUGUUAGAUGAGCUUAUGUAUUUAUCAAUAUGGCAGCUACAGAGAUAUUGAAUUGUCCUGUUUCUCCUGUCAGGAAGGUGUUCUCUAGUAUCAGUAAAGCACGUCUAAACAUGUCAGGGGUUCAGGCAUGGCCCUCUGUGUAUCCGUGUGUUUGAAACAUAGAAACAUUCCUCACCAGAAAGGCAAUUCAGGGUAAAAUUUAGAAACAUCUGAGUAUCUUUUUAUUUUGCUUCAGAAGGAGUGUGUCCGUUUUGAAUCAAUACAUGUCAAGAUUCAAACUAGUGAUUUAUUUUCUGUUUCUGUUCAGCCCUUGAGGCUUAGCGCCUUCGAUGGAAUUCACCUUCACUUCUUUAAUUUUAGCUCUGCAAAGAAACACUGCGGAGACAGAGAGAAGUGCGGUAAUGUAUUGUUGCAGCAAACAUGAAAGCCAUAGGCUUAUGAAACAGACAGAUCCAAAGAAGACAGUAACCAUGGACACUGCCCCAUGAGAUGCAUUAUAUUGCCAUAAACUUGUCUGCUAUUUAAAUGUUUUUACUGAUCUUAGUCAACCCCAAUUCCAAAAAAGUUUAGACCCUGUGGUUAAUGUUGGUUAAAAAAAAUCUUACCCUACAUAUAAAUGACAAUAAUGUUUGACAAAUAUAUCAAAAGUUGAGGGUCUUUCUCAGAAGUUUUGAUGGGAAGAGAUUCAAAGACUGAAGUGAACGGUGCUGCAAGUUAAAAAUGAUCUUUCUUGAUGCAAAACUGCAAGUGCUUCAGGAUUUCAUGUAUAGUAUCCUUAAAAGAUUCAGAAAAUCUAGAGAAAUCUCAAGGCUGAAAAACCAGCACUGGCUGGCUGUGAUCUGCUGACCCUCAGAUAGUAUAGCAUUCAAUAUAAACUCAACUCUGUAUCGUAUAUCACUGCUUUGGCACAAAAUUGGCAUAUAUUUUUUCAUGCAUUAAUAUUAUUAAUAUAGUUUUAAUAUUUUUGAUAUGUUACCUUUGCACCAUUUCAGUCAAAUUCAGGAUAUAACGCAUGGGCAGACAUCAAAUUCUGUUUUUCAUUAAUAUUGUGUGUUUUAUCGACAGCUGGAAUCUGCCUCUGGACUUUGUUGUUACAAAGAGUUGCUACAAGUUGCCCUGCAUGAAUCUUUCUUGAGGCAAUUUCAAUAACUAUAAGUAGCAUAAAACCCAUUCAGAGCAAAAUAUAGCUUACCACUGUAGCCUCCAGUGGCGAGUUUUAAUUAACAUCCUGGUCAAUGUUGUAGUUUACAGUGAUGUGGGGACCACACUCAGCUGAUGCAGUCAAGGGGACAUACUGUAUGUAUUUAAAGAGCUGAAGAAAUAUGAGGUGGCAUGACAAGCCAGCAAGACAGAGGGAGGGAGUCAGCGACCCUACACACACAGACUAUUGUUGACAGCACACACACUCACACUCACACAUAUUGUGUGCUUUGGGUCGAUCUGUGUCCAUCCCAUAAUACACACCCCUCUCCUUCCUCAUCUCCCUCCCCCUGUUGUAUCUUUGCUGCGUCUGAAACAAUAGUAUUUACUCCAGAGAAUCUCUUCAGCUGCCAGCAGGAAGACACACACACGCACACACACACACGGACACACACACACUACUGUAAACUGCAUCGCCUCCUGUAACUGUAUCCUGUGCCAGGGGUCCUACAGUGCGUUGUGUUCAUCAAGUGAUAGGACUAAAUGCAGAUAGGAGGCCAGACAGACAAAAGCAACAGUUGUCAUUUCACUGACUCUGCUAGCUGCUGAAUUUUGGUAUGCAGGAGAAAAUAUGUAUGUGACUGCUGGAGAUAUGAUAUAUGGAGCUAUUAUUAGCCUCAGUGUGAUAAAUGUGCAGUAAAACAAUCAAUAUAACAUUGUGUCUGUCUUAGACCCUUCCAUUGAGGAUUUUUUGGUCUUAAAGAGGUCUAAUAGAUGUCUAAAUGUAGCCUAGAUGACUGGUCUAAAAUCAGGUUACCACAGGUAUAAAAUGAAAGUGUAGACCAGUGGUUCUCAAGUCCAGUCCUCGAGCCCCCUCCGUCCUGCAUGUUUCCCUGCUCCAACACACCUGAUUCAAAUGAUCAGCUCGUUAUUAAGUCAUUACAGAGCUUGAUAACGAGCUGAUUAUUUGAAUCAGGUGUGUUGGAGCAGGGGGGGCUGAAGGACUGGACUUGAGAACCACUGGUUUAGACUAUAGACUGGGCUAUAUCUAUACUACACUAUAUAUCGCUCAACAGCUAUCAUAAUUAUUUUGGUUAAGUACUUGGAGAUCAGUUAUGCAACUCACAGUUUCCUUUUGAAAUAAAUAGUGAAUAAUGGGUUAAAGUGCAACGCCUAAAUUCAGUCUAAAAAUAUACAGAAUCUAGAUGGUUGAAAUUAAGUCUAAAAAAAAAAUAGGCGUCAAACAGCCGUCUAUUGCUCAGUGGGCUGUUUACACCCAGCAUUAUCAGAGAUUCAUGAUCUGAUUACAGAUCGCACGCCUGAAUUCACCUUGUCAGUUCUUAUCCGUGUGUGCUGAGAUCUGGUGAGUGGUCGGAUGAUAAGUCUGUUGUGGGUUUUGGGGAACAUUAAGGUUCCUCUUUAGCCACAGUAAUGAUCACUUGAGUUGAAUCGGUGUUUAUUGUCACAGACAGAGUCCUUGUUUGCAUCUGAAAUGGUGGGAAUAAGAUCUGGUCACUGGAGACAGAUGAUUAAUGUACAGUGUGAACACUUAGUACUUAUCGCUUGUGUCCUGACCACUAAAACCCACAUGUUGAUGCAAGGUCUGGACAGCCUCCGAGAACUUCUAAGUGUUCUGGUUUGAUCUGUCGCCACUGACCACGGACACUCAGAGCUCAAAAGCUUUGUUGCUUGUUUUCCCCUCUUUCCUCUAACGGUUGUAAGAUAAAUUAAAGAGCGGGAGUAGUGAUCAGGGAAGUGCAAAAACAUAACUGCCUUCUGUUCCCAUCACAAAAGAGUUUAGCCACCGGGUUGAAAGCAGUCAGAUUAGAGCAGGAGAUCUUGAAUUGUCUAUAGAUGUUCUUGAGAUUGUUGUGAAUUACCGGUUAGACAUUGGCUCACAUUUGUACUGUUGUGUAUUCAAAACUCAGCUAGUUACCUUACCUUUAAUUCCAGUUCAUAUCCCUGUCAAACCAUGCUGUCGUACGUCAAAUAUGUGUUUAUUCCAUGUCUGUCUUAAGGUGUCAUAACUGUUUUAACAAGUUAAAUUUGAUAUAGCACAUGUGUAAAAAAGGUCAUGCUUCUUGAUAAGUAAAUUUGGUUUUGUUUGCAUUUGGUGUCGAACAAUAAUUAUCCUCUUGUAGUUUGCUCUUGAAACACUGCUCUAUUGAAGUCCAGUCCAUGUUUUAGUUCCUGUGGGACACUGACCUGGAAAGACCGGAAAAACAGCUGAAUGGACGAGGCAGGAUGAACACCCGGCAUGGAUUCACCCCUCCCUCAGUUCAAACACACACAUAUAUAGUACAAGCACACUGAAAGUGGAGGUUUAAAAAAAAAGCAUAAUCCCUUACUUCUGAACACUCACCUGAACAGACAAUAAUGAUGACACUCAGAGUAAGAACUGCAGCGCACAGAAACAGAGAUGAACCACAACAUUUGCUUUGCAAAUUGAACAUUUUGCGUGCGGUCCACUGAACAGAAGAGCAGACAUGAAAAUCAUUAAACUCCGGCUUGUGGCUGCAGGCUUGUCGAGUCGGAUCUGCAGUCACAAUGUCAGAGCAUUGAUCUUGAAUUGGUUCUGGGGGAAAUAAGCUUUUGGUCCAAUCAGAAAGGCGGUUCAUGAAUGAAAAAAUCACAAAUGAAGUUUGUAAGAGACGAGAAGUGAACAUGUCUUUUCAUGUAUGUUGAAAAUAUUUGAAGACUUGGGACCACUCUUCUCUGCUCUCCUGUAUCAUACUACUGUAAGGAUAAAGCCCUCUCACAGACAGCUGUGAUGGACAGCAACAGGUUGAAGCUCUCUACAGUGUCUGAACCCCCCCUCACUUUCAUACAUUCAUACACAUACUCCAUCCACCCAAGUGUGUGUCUGCAUUCAGGACUUUUGUAUAGAACAGUAGUCCCAAAGUCUUCUUGUUUGCUCCAUUUGCUUAAAACUUUUGGGACUUUUUGUUUUGUGGUGCAUCUCUUUUUGAAUAACUCUUCCCACUUUAAAUCCUACUUUUUUUCUGUCUUCACAGGUUUCAGAAGCAUGUCCACACGUACAGAAUCCUCCCAGAUGAUGAAGGAUUUCUGGCUGUACAGGUACAGAUUAAAGCGCAUAAGAACUUAUAUACACAAACACAAACACACACGCACGCACACACAGACAGCUAAAGGUUAAGUGUGUGUACAUGUGUGCAGCAAAAACUGUAUUUGCCCCAGUAGCAGCUGGCAGGCAGAAAUGCUUUUGUUGGCUCUGAGCUCUCUCGCUCUCACACACACACACACACACACACUCACACACACAUGAACAGCGACCUCUUUGUGCGUCAUGCUCAACAGCUGUGGAGUCCCCGCCAUGAACGGUCACACACGCACAAGCUGGUGCUCCAGUUGAUCCAUGUGGCCACAUUACAGACAUCUGUGUCCCCGACUGUAAGAUUUUUUAAGGUCCAAACCGUGACACUAAACAGAGUCUACUUUAGCUUCCUGGAGAUGAAUAUGUUUGGGAAGCGAUGUUUACCAAAACAUCUCUUCCUGGUUCAGAUUAUAUUUAGACUACUGGGUCAUAUUUGCUUACCCAACAUUAAAUGUGGAACAAUAGGGGGCCACCAGAGAUUUCAGUAACAGGACAUCUCACUGCCAAGAAGAUUGGAUGUAAUUGUUAUGUUGAUACCAAGUAGAAAAUAACUCCCUUUUUGUCCUUGUGUCAGACGUCUCAGGGUGUUCAGCCGAAGCGGUUUAAGACGCUACCAGAGUUGGUCUCAUUGUACCUGCAGCCCAGCCAGGGUCUAGUCGCCACACUGCUUUUCCCCGUGGACAGAGAGGAAACGGCUUUUAGCGAUGACAGAGACUAUUCAGGUAUCCCCUACAGCCAGAACUCAGCGAUUUUUCUCACUUUACGUGCAUGCUAAGUUUGCUUUUCUCUGAUUGGUAGACGGGGAGGACGAGAAGCCGCCCCUCCCGCCUCGCUCUGCCUCCACCUCCACUCCUCCUGGACCAGACACACCCACGGAAAGGUACAAAAACCCACAUGAGAUCUCUUUCUAUACAGUGGUUAUUGAUGCGAGCUGAGAAAAAAACCCACAAACUACCGGACGGGCUCUUUUUAACCUACUUCAUGCUUACACACAAACAAGACACACGCGCAGAGGAAGGAUGUGCUCCACUUUGACACCAGCUCUAUUCAUGAAUCAAUCCAGCAGAGGUACCACUGAGAAUGUGAACACACAAGCUCACUUUCACCGUUUCUGCCGUCUAACAUGCACACACAAAUGAAUCGCUCCUUUGGUGUUGCAGCACAUUAACGUCAAGAUCAUAAACGCCGUCCUUCACUCGCAGCUUCAUUAGCACACACACACACUUUAAUAACUUCUUCUUUCCUUGGUAGAAAGAAACCACAUCCUGUUGGAAACCAUGCUGGUUGCAAGUGUUACAGGCUCUGGUGGAAGGGUGCUGAUGUAGUUCAUGUUAGUGUGUAAUACUGAAAACUGUCAGCGCCCUCACACCAACAAACGUCAUUGAUUGUUUGCCGUCCUGAUAUAUCAGUCAAAGUUCAAGCAUUUGAAGGACGCAACUGAUCAAACCCAGAAAGCAUUUUAUUAAUCCUGUAAAUCAUCCUCGAUGCUCUGGAUUUAAGAUUCUGGGAUCAUUCAGAUUAACCACUAAAUGAGCAUAAUGAGUCAGACUGGUAAGGGAAGCAUAACUUUUCUUCUGGUGUUAAUUUGUCCGCUGCAUGGUAAAAAAAAAAGCCAGGUGCAGAAAACUUUGCUCAGCUUCCUUUUAAGCCACAGGAGUAGGAAUGUAGUAGAAGUGCGUUGCAGAUGCAAAAGUUGGUUUAGUUGGAGAAGUGAGACUGAAACAGGGAUAUAAAAGUGUUUUAUGAACUGUUAAAAAGUUCUAAAAUGAAAACCAGUGAGAUAAUCUGUUAGCACCAGAUAGCUAUCUUUUCGUGUGUGUGUGCGUCUGUGUGUGUGUGUGUGUGUCUGUGGGUGGUAAGUUAGACCUAAGUCAGCGCUCCGGUUUAAAGGAAGUGUGUGAUUCUAAAAAUCCUGACAGCACAGAUGCAGCGUAACCUGACUUGCACUUGUGCUUUGGCAGCGUUUCUGCUAUGAAGUCCAUGAUAGUCCUCUUUUUUUUUUUCAUAUGCGAUCUAAAAACCGAAGUACCACCUGAAAAAGAAUGUGACUAUUUAUUGUACAAACUUUCUCCUUUUAUGAUGUCACCUCAGUUGAUUUUAUUUUCCAUUAUCAUAGAUUUGACUUCAUAUUAGCAGUUAAUUUGAAAAAUCGAUGCUUGGUAAAUAAGACGUUACGAUAUAUCACCAGACAAAAUAUCACAAUACUAUGCUGUAUCGAUUUUUUUCUCCCACCCCUAAUUAAUAAUAAUAAUGCUUGACUGAAUUAUAGCCUGUCUUAUUAUUUUGUGAUAUUUCAGCUCGUAGUGAAGGUGGUUUCAUGAUUAUCAAUUGGACCUUAUUUUUGUUUUAGUGCUCCAGCUGCGAACGGCCUGAGUACCAUUUCCCACGAGUAUCUGAAGGGCAGCUAUGCUCUGGAUCUUGAGGCAGUCAAACAGGGAGCCUGCUCCUUACCUCACCUCAACAAGACACUAGUGGCCUCCUGCAAACGCCUUAACGGGUAAGAGAGACACACCAACCCAUCAGCAGAGACAGUUGUACUGAUACUGACAAACUGUGUGAGAAUUAAAACCCUGAUUUCUUCUCUAAAGUAUAACCAGGUUGGAACUAACUAAGCUGUUGCUCUCUCUUUGUUGUCCCUUCAGGGAAGUAGAUAAGGUUUUGUCUGGUCUGGAGAUCCUGUCUAAAGUCUUUGAUCAGCAGAGCGCGUUCAUGGUUUCCAAGAUGAUCCAGCAGGUAUGGACCUUGUUGUCUGUGUGUUGAUGUUCAUGCUUGAAUAGAAUACAAUGGUCCCCUAAAUGAGGACAAUGUGACAUGAUGUCCUUAAGUUACUUAAAUCCACACGUAUACUUAAAGCCUGCUAACACUCUCUGGUUCAGAGCAGCCAAUCAGAACAAGUGACCAUGUUCACACAACAAGUUCAUAAAGAAACAAGAAGAGAGAGACUUGGUUAAAUGAACUGAACUCUUAUUUGCCGCAACACCAACAUUAAUUUGUGUGUAGCAGUGACAUCAGGUGGUUUCAUAUACACCCAAACUACUCACAUCAGUGGUUUUAUGAGGAAAUGCUUCUUGUCUUAUGUAAAACAGUGCCAUAAGACCAGUUUUUAGUUAAUUCCUGUUUUUACUGUGUAGUUUUAUACUCUGCACCUUUUUUCAUUACUGUCUCACUGAAAACUUCUAUAUAAAAACUGUUGCAUCCCUCAAAUACAUACCUCUGUUUGUGAAAAGCUUGUAUCAAGUUCUCUCUCUCAUUUUCUCUAUCCGUCAGUCUGUGAAUCAGGGUGGAGACCAGGAGUUGGAGAACCUUGUGACCAAGCUGGCGAUCCUCAAAGACCUGCUGUCCUCCAUAGAGAAAAAGGUGCAUAGUGAAUUAUAUACAGUCUUGUGUAUAUAAAUGCAUUCAAAUGCAUGGUUACUUCUGCUCUGUCUCAGUUUCACACAUAUGUGCACAUACACUCACACUCACACCCACAGACAGCUACUGUUUAGAGGUGGUUAGUUUAGAUAACCUCAUACAUGUAAUGGAUUAUUUGUCCACCUCACUGCAUUUGUAGCCUAGCAUGAUGGCUCCAGACUGAUGUCUUUGUCGGGGAUCAGAGGUUAGGAUUCUGUAAUACAUUAGUACAGCGCCCAUGUGUCAGUACUACCCUUAAAAAUUCUGACAAGUUUGAAGGAAAAGCCUCUUCACUGUAAAAACUAACAACACACAUAAAAAAGGCUUUUAUUUUUAGUUUAUGCCAUGACUACUUGAACUUUAUUUGUGGGGAGGGGCUGCAGCUCCUCAGGAAGGAAGUGUCCUCAGUAUAAUCACUACACUACAUGUAAUGACUCAUGUGAUGUCACCGGCUCCGCCCUCUCUGCUCCUGUCCACAUCCAGGAAAUGGGAAACGGUUUCCUUUGAAACACCAACAUUUGAGCUGAAAACAAACAAUGCAUCUUACUUGUGACUCCGUGUGUGUGUGUGUGUGUGUGUGUGUGUGUGUGUGUGUGUGUGCUGUUUCUCACCUCCUCUCCCUCGUUUUCUCCUCAGGCUCUUAAAGCUCUACAAGACAUGAGUUUGUCUUCUCCAUGUUCCCCUCCUCCUCUCUCCAUGCGUCACAGCAAAGCCAUCCCUGUGCAGGCCUUUGAGGUAUGCAUCACACCAUCACACACACACACACACACACACACACACACACACACACACACACACACACACACACACACACACACACACACACACACACACACACACACACAGAUUUUAAGACUUUUGGAGAAAGGCUCGUGUCAAAGGAAGUGGGGAUGAUGUCAACUGGUCUGAGCGGUUAUUUUUAUGGGAAUUGCAUUAAAGCUCCUUUUAUGAAGCUGACUGAAAUUCACAUUUAUGCCAUUUCAUGAUAUCCAAAAGUGACCAUCAACAAGAACACAGCCAGUUUCUAUAUCAUCGUUUUUAAGGCCUGAAACCAGUGUGUGAGACAGUAAGCAAAACCUGUUUUUUUCCACAGGAGGUGCCAAAAAUAAAAUACCUAAAGUUUCAGGAAGUGUGACAAGACAAUGAGGUUCAUUUAAGUUAUCUUCAACAUACAUCUAAAAUAAACAAGACGACAUGGUGUCAAAACCAAAUUCCUCAUGAAACAGUCAAGCUUUCUCCAGCUUGGUUUUCACUUUUGAUUAUCUAAACAGAAACGACAGAUAAAUUACAGUCGGCUCAUGUUACAAAUGAAUCUUUGUUUUCAUGUCUCACAGCAUAUGUUAUUACAGAAACAUUUUUAUACAAGACACAGACAGCAGAGCUCUGGAUCAUUUAAAAACCAUACAGUCCUGCUGUUCGUCCAGCACGAUGGAGAAAUGCUAUAGUUUCAGCAGUGUCCAUCGCACAUGUAGCAGAUGAUCACAGCUGAUCAAAGACAGAUCCACUCUUAAAAUAAUGAUGAUUAUUUUAUUUUAUUCUUCAAAAAACUUGCUUUGUGUAGCUGUACCAUUACAGAAUAAAUACACAUUUUCAAUCAUCAUCAUUUACAGCCUGAAAACUCAUAAUUUGGUCACUGUAACGGUGGUGUUUAAGUUUUUAUCUCACUCUGAAAUCAGUUUUGGACUCAAAAAUUCAGAGAGAGGGCGAAGAGAUACUUUCUGCAAUCUGACAUAAAACAUGCUGAGUUACAGAAAGAACUGUCAGCAAUUACUCAUCUUCCAAUUACUCAUGACACACCGCUGAUGUGAAACCAAAGGAAUGCUUGAUAUGCACAUCCUGUUAAUGCCUCUGUCAGAGUAUAAAAAGUAAUCGUCACUGUAGGUGACACAUCCACACAUGAGCACAAAAGUAUUUUUGAAAGGUCAAAACAACAAAGUCCCAGAGGAGGAAGUGUUGAAGUGUUGGAGGAAUAUUAUCGAUUGAAAGCAUUUUAGAAAAUGAAUCAGAAGAAGUAAAAAGACAAAAAUAAGGCGAAUAACUCCAGGGAACAAGUGGGGAAGUUGUUAGUCAGAAAAGAAGGAAGAAAUGAACUUCUUUCUUAUUAUAUGAGUUGUCAACACAGGCUGCAUGUUCUGUGGUAGUUUAGAAGCUUCCUGUUGCACAGAAACAGAGAUGACACUCCGAUACAGGAAUAUGUUUCAGAUGUGGCACCUGAUUCACCCUCAAACACGUAUUAGCAGAGAUAUCUUCUGACAUCUUUGAGUCAUACUAAACGGGGUCUGUCUUCCUGUUGACAUUUUUCUUUGACAGUUUUUCAGGUGUGUUUAAUAGAAAUAUUAAAAAAAGCUGUCCACAGUCAAAAUAAUCAGAGUAUUAUUUGUGUUCUGAACUCUGUCCUUUUGCUGUCUGAUAGUGUCAUAGAUUCCUGUUUUAAAGUGAUAAACAUAGAGGAUAAUGGUCCUGGCAUGUCAAUAACUUUGACUGUGGAGCCCUCUGGUGGUGGGGAAAUGUGAUCUAACUCUAAAGAAGCGUGCUAACCCCCUUAGAAAUAAUGUGCAUCUCCUCUGACUUUGUCCAGGUGAAACUGGACGUUUACUUGGCCGAGCUGACAAAGAUCGGCAAGAGUCAGAAGUACACUCUGUCCGUGGAUGUAGAGGGAGGACGCCUGGUAGUGAUGAAGAAGGUGAAGGACAGUCAAGAGGACUGGACGACGUUCACGCAUGAGAAAAGUGAGGAAUCACCACAGCUUGUAGAUGCAACCCUAAACACUCACAACACUGAUUAAAACAGUUGGUAUUUUCCCACAUGGAGCUGCACCGCUAAUCUUUACCUGAUAAUUAUGUUUCAUAACAUACAUAUUCUGGACAUUCAAAAGUUUAUACUUUCAUUAGGACAAUUUCUUUUAGUUUUACAUCCUGAGAAGAGUUUUCAGGGCAAGAGGCUGAUCAUAUCUUUGAAUGAAAAGCUACAGUAACAUAAUCUUUUUAGUAUCUCUUUGAGGUACAUUUGUGGUAAAGACUCAAAAACAGUAUUAAAGUUUAAUGGAAACUUUAAUAACUUCUUCCUUUUAAGAUAAAAUGUCUCAUUUAAUUUCAUUUGCCUUUUAAUUAUUAUUCUUCUUUAACUAUAACCAUGUUUGACCUGACCAAUCUCCAACUGUUCUUCUUGACCUUGCUUUACCUCCUAACACCCCCCACCCUCUUAUCUCGGUCCCUCCGUCUGUUUUGUCUGUCUCAGUCCGUCAGCUGAUCAAGUCUCAGCGGGUGCAGAAUAAACUGGGCAUUGUUUUUGAGAAGGAGAAGGACAAGAGUCAGAGGAAAGACUUCAUCUUUGCAAGUGCCAAGGUCUGCUCACUCACACACACACACUCUCUCACACACACACACACACACACACACUGUCUAGAGCGUUCUUUUGUUUACAUGAUGUGUGGAGCAAAGGUCUGAACAGUUACUUAAUUGUUCGAGCUCAAAACCUCUCAUCUGCAAACAUAAUGAAGGUACACAUGUUCAUAUUCAUGCUGAAGGGGAAAUACACGUUCAUUUCCUCUUCUAGGUCUUGCUUAUUCAUGAUCACACAGCAGAAUCUGUCAAGGUCAAGAUUUGUGGCACAAACCCACACACUUGUCAUCAAAUUUUUCCCCUUCAUGCGACUCCAAACACAGGCUUUUGUUAAAACUUAAAACUGUAUAUUGAAUUAGAAAAAUUCAAUGGAAAACUGAUUCCUAGUUGUUUUUGAAGUGCUGAUGGCUAAAGAUAAAAACAAGGUCCCUGUAAUGUGGCAGCUUCCACUUUCUCAUGCGUCUGUGUUUGUGUCUGUGUGUGUUUCAGAAGCGGGAGGCGUUUUGUCAGCUGCUACAGCUAAUGAAGAACAAACAUUCCAACCAGGACGAGCCAGACAUGAUUUCCAUCUUCAUUGGCACCUGGAACAUGGGUUAGACACACGCUCAAACUUAAUGUUACUUUUCUUACAAGUGUCACAUGAAAAGCAGCACAUACUGACUUUUACUGGGUAUCUGCGGGGUUUGAAAAAGUCUUAAAACAUCUAAAAUCCAAUAAUUUGAAUUUAAGGCCUUAAAAUGUCUAAAAUAUGUCCUAAAUACGAUUUUGAAAUGUCUUAAAAAUGCAUUAAUUCUACUUAUAAAUAACGAGCCACAAGAAUAAAGAUUGAUUUGAAAGAUUGUAAAAUGUUCCGAUUUCCCUUCAUGUGUUUUGUACUUUUUUGCCUGUGUGGAUGUUCAAUGGGUCUUAAAUUGUAUUCAUAACAUUCUAUAAGAAGUCUUAAAUUCGACCUGUUGAAACCUGCAGAGACCCUGGUUUAAUAGCUUUCCCAUACAUUGAGGAAUAACAAAUACUUAAUAUCCUCAGGCUCUGUGCCUUCCCCGAAGUCUGUGGCCUCCUGGGUGUUGUGCCGCGGCCUCGGGAAGACUCUAGACGAGAUGACGGUCACCAUCCCUCACGACCUGUAUGUGUUUGGAAGCCAAGAAAACUCAGUCUGUGAUCGAGAGUGGGUGGAGUCUCUACGUGCCAUGUUGAAAGAACUUACCGAGCUAGAUUAUAAACCGGUGAGGAAAGCAUUCGUAAACAGAGAUUGUGGAUAAACAUGUAACCAUAAUUUGCCUCCUCGUGCUGUACUUAUGUGUAUACUAGAGAUGGUAAAAGACAGAGCUGUAACUUGUGCAGUGAAGUGAUGGCUGUAUGUAUCUCACGAUUUGUUAUCGUUACUGAUUUCAGAUCGCGGUGCAAACUCUGUGGAACAUAAAAAUAGCUGUGUUGGUGAAGCCUGAACAUGAGAACCGGAUCAGCCAUGUCGGGAUGUCCAGUGUGAAGACAGGCAUCGCCAACACGCUCGGUAACCAACACUCAGUCUGUGUUUCCCUGUUGUACCCCUGAUGGUUCUUUUAAACAAAAUACUGUUGGCUUUUAGUCUUUUCUUGAAAUGCAAAAUGUAUCUGCCAAGAUGAGUUAGCAUAAGUUUAGUGAUAGCAUCAACUUCCUUGUUUCACACUCUGCAUUCAUGUGAUCAUUUAUGGUGCAGAAAGAAAAUGUUUGAGUCCUCAGUAAAUUUGUCUUGCGACACUCAAGCUGUGUUCACAAAACAGACGCAUGACAUGAAUUUCUUGAAAUAAUGCACCAUCAUUUCUAGUAGAAUCAUAACUUCCUCAGCAUUUUAGCUCACAUGUUAUUAUCUCAGAUCUCAGCUAUGUGUAAAGUAUCCUUUGGGAUGCAUAAACCGAGGGUUAUGAAUCUCUUUUUUAAAAUCUUAAUGAGAAAUAAAAAGUCAUAAGUUUGGCAUCGGUCUUUAUUUUAUGUUUCUUUGGAUGGUUUCCAAGGUAACAAAGGAGCAGUUGGCGUGUCCUUCAUGUUCAACGGGACGUCCUUUGGCUUCGUGAAUUGUCACCUCACAUCAGGGAACGAGAAGAUCGCCCGGUACAUCAUUAAAGCUGUUUGACACAUUAGAAAUGACCUGAAACACAAACGCUCCACUUUACUGCUACUACUACUGAUGCGCACGAUCUCUGCCUCUUACAGGAGGAACCAGAAUUAUUUAGACAUCUUACGCCUGUUGUCACUCGGAGACAAACAGCUGAGCUCCUUUGACAUCUCACUGCGCUUCACACACCUCUUCUGGCUGGGAGACCUCAACUACAGGCUGGAUAUGGACAUACAAGUAAAGCAAAGUUAACCUACAUGUGCAGAGUCAUUAGACGCAGCAGUCACUUAACCACGUUGUUUUUUUCUCUGUGUGCAGGAGAUUUUAAAUUACAUUAACAGGAAGGAGUUCGAUCCCCUGCUGAAAGUGGACCAGCUCAACCUGGAGCGAGAGAAGAACAAAGUCUUUUUACGUUUUGGUUCGUAGAGGAAAAAAGAAAACGAUUGGAAACUCACAAUACUGCCAAAAAUAUGCGUCAUAUUUAUCUGUAUUUGAAAUUUACACUUGUGAAUAUAUGUCCUCUCAUUUUCAGCGGAGGAGGAGAUCUCAUUCCCACCCACCUACCGUUAUGAACGCGGCUCAAGGGACACAUACGUCUGGCAGAAGCAGAAGGCCACAGGGGUAAACACCAUCACAGAUAGAUCUAGAUCCAGCUGUUUCUUGAAAACACUCAGCAGCUUCCUCUUUUUGUGAGUUGUUUUGAUAACUCGGGGUCCCCUACUUGUCUGUCUGUCUGUCCCAGAUGAGGACGAAUGUCCCGUCCUGGUGUGACAGGAUCCUGUGGAAGUCAUACCCAGAAACGCACAUUGUCUGCAACUCCUAUGGUGAGACAUUCAACCAAAAAAGCAUCAGACUCAAUUCAUUCUGAGAGAGUCAAGUUAUACCUUAAAGUGCAUUUUAUUUAUUAUAACACAGCCAUCAAUGUGAUUGUUGUUUUGCCAGGCUGCACAGAUGAUAUCGUAACCAGCGAUCAUUCCCCUGUGUUUGCUACCUUUGAGGUUGGAGUGACCUCGCAGUUUGUCUCCAAGAAAGGUAUGAUGAUAUGAUGUUCUCUGAGUCCUGCAUUUAUUUACUCUUCAAAAGAAAGGGAGCGAAGCUGAUGGUGACCUGGUUUUUCAGCUUACAUGUGGACCAGUGUUGUUUCCUCAUCAACGAAAACAACACUGUAGAAUAUAUGUUUAGCGUUUGACUGACGAAAUGCUCAUGAAUUUUGCGACUCUGUUCGUUGUCCACCACUAAUGUUUUCGUCUUGUCUCGUCAACGUAAACACACAUUCGUCUCGUCACAUUUUAGUCAUCUAAGACUUAUGUUUAGCUCGUCAACGUCACGUCUUCGUCGUGGAAAAAAAGGGGCGUUGACGACAUUUUUUCGUCAACAAAAACAACACUGAUGUGGACAGUUUACAGAUAAACUUCUGCUGUCUAGCUUUUGAUUUCUGCAUGAACAGUGACCAGAAAUAACCCAAACUCAGUUCUCUUUCUGCUAAAAUUCCUAAAAUUCGGUUGUAAUUCUGCUUCAUCUACUCAGAUUUUUUUUUCUUCAACCUUUUUUACUUCCUGGGCAUCUGUCUGUCUCUCUGCAGGUCUGCCAAAGUCAUCGGAGCAGGCCUACAUCGAGUUUGAGAGCAUUGAGGCCAUCGUGAAGACGGCGAGCAGAACCAAGUUCUUCAUUGAGUUUUACUCUACAUGUCUGGAAGGUGAGAGAAAGAUUCACCCAAACCCGCUAAGAGCUACAGCACAGACCGGGUGGAUGGAAUAUGUCAUAUAAAAGUUUCUGUUUCUUCUUUUUGCAUCUUUCUCCCACCUCUCUCCUGACCCCAGGCAGUCAGUAUACCUUUUAGCUAGAAUCCAGUUUUACCUACUCUGCAUCCCCCAUGUACCCUUGAAUGUAUUGCAUUGGAAAUAUCACCCUCCUUUUUUUCCUCCUUCCUUGUUCCCUUUGUCCCCUCCCCGCCCUGCAUCUCUCUCUCUCUUGUUUCUGUAGAAUUCAAGAAGAGUUAUGAGAAUGACAGUCAGAGCAGCGACAACAUCAACUUCCUGCGUGUAGGCUGGUCGAAUAAGCAGCUAACGACGCUAAAACCUCUCCUAUCUGAGAUUGAAUACCUCCAGGACCAACAUCUGCUGCUAACUGUGAAAUCACUGGAUGGAUACGAGUCCUACGGUAUAAAGAGAGCAGCGGUCUGGUUCAGUUCAGUGUGUCAAUGCUUGCCUUGUUUUCGUUUAAACAACCGUGUAUGUGUGUUUUUCCCUGUUAGGAGAGUGUGUGUUGGCUCUGAAGUCGAUGAUUGGCAGCACAGCACAGCAGUUCCAUACUUACCUCUCCCACCGCGGGGAGGAAACUGGGAACAUCAGAGGGUCCAUGAGGGUUAGAGUUCCCUCUGAAAGGAUGGGAACCAGGGAGAGACUCUACGGUAACGCUAUAACAGUUCAAACUGUAGACUUCAUGUAAAACUCCAGGGUACUUAGCUGUUUUACCCCUAAAUUACAACAGAAAUCCACCAUAUUAUAGUUAAGAAUAUGAGUUUUACUUGUGCGAAGUGUUGUCCUGGUUUGAAUCCAAUUUCCUACACAAGUUUCUGAUCAAGAAAUUAACUUUUUAUCAUUUUCCCUCACUCAGACUUCUGUCAGAAUAGAAAGAUGUCUCAGACAUGAAAUCUCCUCAGGUUUAGAUUUUUUGUGUCCUGUGUUGUCAGUGACUUGCUUGUUCAUUAUAAGUGAUUUUAUUUUAGUUCUAAAUAAAUUUAUUGUUGCGUUCAGAGUGGAUCAGUGUGGACAAGGACGAGACAGGUGGACCUAAAGGGAAAUCGACUAUGGUGUCCAGAGUGGGACAUGAAUAUGUCAAGUAAGUACAGUCUCAAAAAAAAUAUUCAAAGAGCUGACUCUGUCAUCUAAGUUUCUACACAUUUUUAAAGAGGGGAUUUUCAUAUGUUCUUUCCUUCUCUGUAUGUAUAUGCACAGUAGAAUGAAUAUCCUCAAAACUGAUGGUCUGGUAAGGAAAAAAAAGAUGGAGUGUUUAGUUUAGGUAUCCUGCAUAAUGGGACAAAAUAUAGAUUUGAAUAAUAAAAGUAUUUUUGAAUUUUUAUAAAAAAUAUUUUCAUUAAAUCUUUUAUGUUUUCCAUUUAUUUUAUUUUAUUUCUUUAUUGCCAGUUAUGAGACAUUAGGACAUGUAGUCUGAGUUUUAGUCAUGUCAAGGCUCUUUCUCUUGUUGUUGUUCUGUUGUUUUUAUCUUCUUUGUUUCCUGCAUGUUAAAGAACUUUGUAACUCUUGUUUUUAAAAGUGAUAAAUAGAUAAAGUAUUAAUAAAAUGUAUUAUUAUUUUUUGGAAACAUGCAAAAAAAAAACCUGAAGUGGCAGCUGCAUUUUUCAAGUACAGUUACAAGAUGAAAAGUGUUCAACUUUACAGAACAGGAACUCAGCGUGGGAGAAGUCUCGCCUUUUUCAGUGUAAAUAGGUCUUGAGAGCUCUAAUGAAGCAUUUAGAAACUCUCAUUUCCCCCCCAAAAUUGAAACAUAUCGUGCAUCUUGCACCACAGAAACUCACACUUUCAUGACGUGUAAUCAAUACAGGCCAUCUAUGGUUCGAAAGCAGCUUGGUGAGCUCGGAAAGGUCAGUGAGGAGGGAGAAAGGAGCAGCAAAGAGGAAACAGCAGCAAGGUACAAGCCAAGUUAUGAACUUCAUGGACUCACUCUUUAAGUGUCAAAUUCACUUGUGGGCCGUCAUGUAUUUGUUCUGAUUUUGUUUAUUGUAAAGGCCGAAACAGGAUGCGUCUGACGGGGAUUCAACCAUCUGCAAGAACAGCUACAAUAAUCCUGCCUACUACAUCCUGGAGGGAGUCCCCAACCAGUCUGCAGCUGCUCUUUCACCAGAGCUUCUUCCAUCCCCUACCUCUGCAAACCCUCAGGUAGCUAAGCCCCCUCCGCCCUCUGCUGUAGCUCGAACCAAGCCCCCCUAUGGAGCCUCAGGGCCCUCUCACCCACGCAGGCCCAUGACCGGGCACCCGGUGCGGGCCAUAAGUGAGGAAGGCUCCUCAGAGGAUGAUGGAGGAGCUCCUGUCGCAGGAGCACAGGGAGGAGGCGUUGUGACAACCGUUGGGACAACUCUGAAUCGCCCUCCUCCUGACUUCCCUCCUCCUCCUUUACCUAAAGGAGCACUGGAGAUGGUUGCAGAGACCCCCUUCGCGAAACCUCGCCCUCUUUACCCAGACCUAGCUGAGGUCAGGAUUCCAGCAGCCACUCCUGCCGGUCCGCUGGCCCUGGGAGAGGGUUUCAGGCGAGGAGGUGGAGGAGCUGGUGGAGGAGGAGGAGCACUGGACGACCAGUCUUGUUCUGUGCUCCAGAUGGCAAAGACAUUAAGUGAAAGUGAAUUUUCUGGACAACCUCCACGUGCUCCGUCUGCUCCGCCUCCUCUCAGAGGGCAGCCGAUGGGUUUAGGUUUGGACGCCUGCCGCACCUUUCCACCCAGAAACCCCAUCACAGAGAGUAUUGCAGAGGACAUGCCUGAGGAGGUGAGCAGUUCAGUUAAAUGUGCUUUUAUUACUGCUGAGGUGUUGUUGGUUUGAAACAUUCUUACAGAGAUUUACCUUAAGCAUGUUGUAGUUGAUCAUGUGUCUAUAUCCCUAUUUUGCAGGCACUCUGGGGCAGCAGCAGCUCAUCUUUGUCUGUAGGGGACUCUUCAGUUGGAGAGUGGCUGCAGAGACUGGGACUGGAGAGGUAUGAGCAGGGUCUCCUACACAACGGAUGGGAUGACCUGGAAUUCCUCAGGUACAUAAAGUCAGAUGUGUUCACAUUCAUCCUGUUAUAGGGAGGUUAAAGGGAUAUCCCUACGUCAAAUUAAGUUGGGGUCAAACACAAACUCAACCACUCUCCUCCAGCAGCCACUUGUUUGUAGCAAGACCUCAGGCCAGUCCAUUAUGGACUACAGCGGGGUGACACAGCUCAAGGAAGAACAUUUAUGAUCAUUUUCUAAUGGAAAUGCAGUUAGACCGAGACGCUAAGGCAGAAGAACUACCGUGUCAUAUAUGAUUAAUAUGAUGAUUAUUAAAAUGAUUAAUAUGGUGAUUAUUACUUCAAGGAAAUGAUAAAGAAAUGAUCAUAAAUGUUCUUCCUUGAGCUGCGUCACCACGCUGUAGUUUGUAAUGGACUGGCCCAAGGUCUCCCUACAAACAAGCGGCUGCUGGAAGAGAGUAGGUGAGUUGUGUUUAGUCUCUUUGCUAAAGAAAUCAGACAAAGCUAAAAAGAGGUUUGGUGGCUAGUACUAUGGCUGGGACCCUAUAUGUCCUGUUGAUGAAGUUAGGUGCUGUUCUGAGCAUUAUUAGUGGCUAUAGAGUGGCGUUUUGGUUGAGCGUGUGGCUCCUGAGACAGCUGUGUAUUGCUAUCGUGCGGUCGUUACUAAAGUUGGUAUAACUAGAGAAGCAAGCGGUUGUCAACAUUCAUCUCUCGAGGGGUGUCUAACUCAGUGUUACGUUGUGUUUGACCCUAACUUAAUUUUACACUGGAAUAUCGCUUUAAUAAAUAAAUCAACUUUCUUACACAACAUACCCACAAUGUUCCUAUAAGAAUAUUUUUCCCUGUCUGGUAUUUCAGUGACAUCACAGAAGAGGACUUGGAGGAGGCGGGAGUGCUCGACCCCGCCCAUAAGCGGAUCCUGCUGGAGAGCCUCAGGCAGCAGCAACAGCAAUAAACUCUUUUUAACUGGUCUACAAACUAGCCAGAACCGGUCCUGUAACCACACCAGGCUAAAUCUAGGCUGAACUGAACUGAGCUGGACCAUGUCAUUUGAUGCCAGACUGUGCCUUCUAAAAGAGAAUUUGCACUCCAUUUGUACUUUAAAAAAAAACACUCUUUGAACCACAAUCCUUUUUUUUUUUCAUAUGUACUGUAUGUGUGUUGUCAUUGUCGAGUAGGCGGCCUUAUUUAAUAAUAAUCAUUUCAGUCCAUCUAGCAUCACUACAUAACAUUCAGCUGUAAACCUAGUGACAAGAAGCAGGAUAAGAUAUUAUAGUCUCAUGUAGAGCAGCUGAAGCCUUAAUGUCAUUACCGUCAGAUCUGACCUGCAGAUGUAAGGUAAUGUUAAAACAGCCUCUUCUCUCUCUCUGUCCUGAGAAAUCACAGCUGAAUGGUAACAGUUAAAGCCACCUUAGAGGAUUUUUGGAGCAUUCAGAGUGAAAACACACUGUUUUACAUUUCAGUAUCCACUUUGUUUUCAAGGUUUCCUCUGGAGUUUUCACUCUCUGUUGGGGGGGCGUUAUUUGAAAGCACUCAAGUUUUGUUCACACUCAAGUUGGGCGGACUUGCACCCUUGUUUCCGUGAUGAAUAAUUUAUCAUUUAUUUCUAAAAUGUCGUUGCUGUUCGCGCCGCCAAUGUUAAAACCACGCCACAUAUUGUGUCACUUUCUGUGCAUGUAUUUAUAGAUUUAUGUUUGUAUGUUUUCAGAUGAUAAAGGGAAUUCGGAGUAAGCCAACCAAACCAGUCCAGUUUAAAUUUGCAGACCUAACCUCAGUUCAAUAUUUUUUUGUGAGGACAAUCUUUUACUUCUUACAUUGUAAUACCCAGUUUUGAUGGGUCACAUCCUUUAAAUUUUCACUGUGGAGUGAAUGAAUAUAGCUGUGUUCAGGGAACUGGUUAACAUAUUUAACAGAGUAACCAACACUUGUUGUGCUGAAGAUGUACUCAGCCGGAUGUCAUUCUACUGGAGAAGCCAAAACAUUUCAUUGUCUUACUUUUUAUGUUUGUUUUUUUUUUGUUACAUGACCUGAGAUUUGACUAAGUGGGACAAGAUGACACUUCUUUCAAUAGAUUAAAACCAGAAUUGUUAGUUUCUGCUUGAUACAGCUGAUGUAAGGGUCGUUGUUGUUGUUCCCUGAUUUAACCAACAGGGGGUGCUGCUACUCCACAAACCCAGACAGCAGAAGCAAACUGGAAAUAUUCAGAAAAACUUACAAUCUGGUCAAAUGACUCUUACUAAGAUUUAAAAAGCUAUUAUUUUCAAAGAGGUGCAGAAGUGAAUACCUUCAUUUCUACAAAUUCUGAUCCUGCACACAAGACUAACCAGGUUAGCUAUGAUUGACUUUUGCACGUUAUCGCAGCUAAAUGACAAAACGAUUUUUAGAUUCACUUCUGUCUGGAAAAAAAGAAUCCACACAUCUCCAUAUUUACUCACCUGUUUUGUUAUAUUCUGUAAAAUGCAUCUCGCCGUUUCACAGCCAAACAACUAUCACGUUGCUCAUGUGGCUCAUCUGUCAAUCAGAUGUGUUACAUCUUGAGUCUUUUUAAGUCUGUUUGCCUUUUCAGUGUUCUCAGUGGUGUUUUUGAAUGUGUGUGUGUGUGUGUGAGUCUGUGUAUAUGUGUGUGUGUGAAAGGUAAUAUUUGUGUGCAUGAAGGAAAAAAGGGGGCUUGUUGUGGGCUUUAACACACUCCUGUUUUUUCUUCUCUCUCCAUGUAGUCUCUUUUGGAAAUGUUAAGUUAAUGUAUGUUGUUCAACCAUGUCAUUUUUUUUUCCAAUUAAAAUGUAACAUCUUUUCUUUUUUUGUAUAUCUACACAUUUUUUUAUUUUGCUUUGUCAUCUACAGGGAAGGCCAAGAGGAUAAGAGAGUCAUGAUGUGUGAGCUGUAGACCUACCUCAGUUGAGGAAAAGGAAGGUAACAGUUUGAUAAGUGAUAGUUUUUAACCCUUUAAUGCCUGAAACCACAAAUUAUGGCCAGAGAAUCCAAAUUUUCUUGGAGCUGAAAUGUUUAUUUCAUCUACUACUGAAAACCAAAAUAAUCAAAAUGUCCUUAAAAUUUUAAAAAGAUAUUCAUCUUGUUUGAUUCAUUAGAUGUUUUUAGAAACUAAUAAACUACAAAAGGACAUGUUUAUCAUUUAUCGGAUUGUAUUCAGGUGUUUUUUUAGUAAUUUUUUGAUCAUAUUGAUUUGAUAGAAGUAUAUAAAAGUAUGUAUCAAAUAUGAUACAAAAGGCAUUAAAGGGUUAAAGGUUUAUUUUUAAGUCUUAGUUUAGACAAAAACAGCCAGAAAAUGUCAAAGUUUGACUUCGCCACACAACACACUCAUCACUCUUGUGUACGCAAAAGAAUCCAGAUCAUUAAACACAUCACAUAGUGCUUCCAUAAUGUAGAUUUAUUAGAAUAUUCAGAGUAGUGCUAUAACCUUCCAUUCACUAGCGCGUCCGUCAAUCAUGAAUGAAUCGGUCUGCGAGACAGGCGCUCUGCAAAAAACAAAGUAAAAAUCAACCUGUAAAGCAACAUGAGGGAAAUAAACAAAAACCUAUCUAGUAUUUAUAUUACUAAUUGUAGAAUUUACAGUCACAAAAUUUCAAGGAGCAGUCCAGGUUUUUAAAGAAUAUCAAUAAAUACAUGUUUUCCUCCCUUUUUGAGGUAUCUGGGCUAAAAUCUCACUGAAAAAUCAACUUGGAAAUCAGUCCUGUUGCAGUGAUAAGCCACAAAAUUAAAAUCGGGAUCAUACACAAGCAAUUCUGUCCAGGUCUCUCUCAGGGUAGCCAAUGUGCGACUGGCUCACUCUGAAUUUGAAAGAAAUAGCCCAAUAUUUGUCCCCCCCCUCUGUGGUAGGAGCAUCGAUUGAGGAGUCAGAGUAGGUGAUGAGUUGUAGGUCUGCUAAAAGUUCAUAACACAAGGCAGAAAUAACAAACUCAUUUGUUUUCCUCAAUCCAGAGGGAGACUCGUCUGAAGAUUCUCUCAAAUGUGAGAAGCCAGACACGGUUUGCGGGACACCCACAAGCUCAAGUCAGUUGUAGUUGGAUGCGUCUCCUUCCUUUGCUACGUUUUAACAAAGUGCCCUCUGUUUGGUCGAGAGAGGAAGGGAGAGGCUGGGAGGGAGUCACACUGAGGAGGAUGAGAUGAGAGUGAAUGACUUGAUACAGUAAAGAAGAGGAGGAAGAGGAGGAGGAGGAGGGGUGAGCUCGGGAUGUGUCUGGUCUGGACCCCGACAUUCUAAUUGGAUUUCUAGGUUCCCUGCUCUACCCAGCAAAGAGAUUUAAGGGGAACCCUGUUCCUUUCUGGUGGGACUCUGUGUGUCAGAGGGUUUAGAGAGUGUUGUGCUUGAGGGUAAAAGUUUAUUCAACAGAGACUGAAGCGUGAUGUUUGUAUUUCUGCUUUAAAAUCGUACCUGACUGCCAUGCAGGACAGGGUUUGUCGCGGCGCAGAGUGUGGGAAUGUAAGUUCGAUCGAGACGAAGGAAGAAAAGAUGUGUAUGUGGGUUGUUUCUCUAAUGUGUUUACACGUCCAAGUAGUUCUGAUUUGGCUGCACACAAACAUCCUCAACAUUGUGGGGUUUAAAGGUCUGUAGGAGGAAAUGCUGUCUCUUGUCAAUCUGUUUAAGCAACUCUGAUUUUAAGGUGAAAGUGAUGAGUUUAAGUCUUGCAGGGAAGAAACCGACCAUAUCCGAGUGGAAUACUGUGAGAGGUGAUGGCUUGUUAAUCUGAGCUUUGAAUCAGUUAAGCAGGACAGGUUUUCAGAGAAGGUAAGAGGACCUCGCUCAGACUGUCCCAACUCUGUUCUUGAAGUAGCGCUCAAUGUUUGGUUCUCACUCCCUCUUCCUCUGUGCUUCAGAACAGGUUCGUCUUGAUAGCAGGGUUGGGUUUUCUGUGGAAUGAGGACAGAACUCCAGCAAAAGGCCCGGUCAUACUGUCUGCCGGCUGCCAGGCCUUCAGGAUCUCCUGAGUCUGGACAGUGGGCUGGGCCAUGGCUGGGUUGGACGGCCCCAGGCUGGGCCAGCUGGGAGGCUUCAGCCCCUGGAGAAUCGGUGAGCUGGAGGUGUUGGUGUAGCUGCUGUUGGCAGGAGCAGGACUCGGGCUCAGGCUGGCCGGGCUGCCCAGGUUGCCGUUGGCUGAGCCAGGCAGGGAAGCAGUGCUGUCAGGUGUGGGGCUGCAGGUGGAUUCUUUGGACUCAUCGUCAUCCGAUGAAGAUCUCGGCUCCCCACUCUUCUUCCCUCCUGAAGAGCUGCUGCUGGUGUUGCCGUUGGGGCCCCCAGAGCUGUUGGCUUUGGCGUUGGCUGCACGCUCCUGCUUACGAAACUUGGCACGCCUGUUUUGAAACCACACCUGAAAGACAGAUGGAGGAGCAAUAAAUAUCUGAGACUGCACUAAAAAGAUUGUACAAGUAAAUUAUAGAAACAAGGUUGUGCAUAAGUACCUGUACUCUGGCCUCAGUCAGGUCUAUCUUCAGUGCCAGCUCCUCUCUGGUGUAGAUGUCGGGGUAGUGCGUCUCGGCAAAAACUCGCUCCAGUUCCUUCAGCUGGGAGCUCGUGAAGGUGGUCCUGAUGCGGCGCUGCUUCCUCUUCUCGUUCAGGCCGGAGGGAUCCGAGAAAAACUUGUAAGGAACUAAAAAAGGAAGAAAUGACAAAUGUUAAAUGUUAAAUGGAUAAGAAGUUCAAAAUAGCAACCCCAAGAUUUUAUAGAAAUACAGAAGCACAAAAAGGCCCUGCAGUUUGUAACUCAAGGCAAGAUUAACCAAGUCAGACAUACAGUUUUAAAAUAAAAUAAAAACUUUAUGUUCAGGACUGUUGAGGAAAUUUUCUUCGUAAUUAAUAGUAAGCCUUUUUCAUAAUCGAUUGUUUGUAAUUGAUCCGUGGAGAAAAGGUUUAUUCAUUUCAUUUAUGAAUUCAUUUGUUUUGUGAACAGAGAAAUUAUGUUACUAAAAACUGAAAUUCAUUUCAAACAAAAUGUGAAGAGAAGAGGUUUUUUUUUAGUUAAUUAAACAAUUUUUUAUUUUAUUUUCCCUAAAAGACUUUCCUAAUUAACCAAAUUCAAUUAAAGUGUUUGGCCUUUUGAAAUGAACCAGAUUAAUUGCAGUCAUUUUUAUAAGCUGUUUAUGUAAAAAGAAAUUGCACAAUAACUUGUCAUUGAAUUGCUGUAUGUACAUAUUUUUAAACAAGUAUCAACGCAUUCAAAUGAAGAUAAAAGAAUAUAAAUUUGUUCCAAGAAAUUUAAUGAAUGACUACAUAUUUUUGGAGUUGUGUUCAAAUGCCAGCAUUUAAAGGAAUAGGACUGUGAGCAUUAAUCAAAUAAAAUAGGACUUUUCGUUGUUAAAAUGGAUCUAUGGUUAUCAUAUAAAAAUCUGAAACUGUCUGAGGCCACAGGUGUGUGUGUGCGAUUAAUGUAUGCUUCUAUAGGCAACAUGUCAACCUUAAAUUAUUUUAAAGUAAAAAAAUUAUAUUAUUGACGUUGUGUUAGAUCCAGAUUAUUGUUAUUUGAUCUGCUUAAUUUAUUUGUAUUUAAAUUAUAGAAAAAACAGUAUUUUGUACUUCAAAGAUUGUUGCAAAUAUCCUAUUUGCUUUUGUCAAAAUUAGUGUAUCCCAUUAAUUUCAAAAUGGCAGUUUUCAAUCAUUAAAUUCGAUUUUUUAUUUAAAAAUGAUUAUCAUAUUAAUAUGUAGGCUAAUUGAUUAAAUUACCAUGGAACAAUUUUCACUAUAGCCUAUUUAAUUUUCGAUAAUGCACACAACAACUAAUCAGACAGUCUAUAAGAAUAUCAAUAUUUGCACAACAAUCUGCGCUUUAACUUUAUAGACUGCAGUUAUUUUGAUAAUAAAGUUUAUUAUGUUAUUAUCAAACAGUUAUUUUUCCCCUUUUGGUUUAAUUUAUUAGACUAUAGAUCUUUUAUUUUGUGGAUAUUUUGUACAUUUUGUGCAGUUCACGCCCAAGGAAAACGAUUAGAUUCUUUCCUCAAUAAUUUUUCUCAGUCUUGAACCUUUUUUAGAUUUCCCCACAGACCUUCCGUAUGAAAAGCAAAGCCCCUUUUGUACCUGAGGAGUAAGGUGUGGGCUGGUGCUCCCUCAGGGCUCCCAGGGUGCAGCUGGCCGUGCUGAGCGGGGUACAACCCGGGUUGGAGAAAGGUCCGCUCCGGAUCGGGUUGUACUGGAAGGAGCUGGCCUGGCUGCACGAGCUGAAGUCCGCGUACGCCGACGCUUCCAUGGCUGCCAUGCAGGAGUCAUAGGAGUUCAGGUAGGAGUAAUCCAUCUUAUACAUGGAGCUCAGCCGGUACAAACACCGGACUGCAAAGGAAGCGACGGUGGGGACUCUGAACCGGAGUGGGUCUUCUUGACUUUUCUGCACAGAGACGGUGUCCUUCUUACCGGUUAGAGUUGGCUUCUCUUUCUCUUAUCUCCGGGGUCUUCUGCUCGACUUUCCUUAAGUCCUCUUUCUCGGUCUUUAGGUGGCUGUCACGUGGUUGUUGUUUUUUCGUAAAUAAUCCAGAUGUUUGCCUCUUCCUAAAGCCUCACUUUCUCCUCUUCCCUCAGUUUUCCUCUCUCUUUCUCUCUAACUCCGUGUCCUCACUUUUCCUCUUGGUACUCUGCACUCUCUCGCUCUGCGCUCGCGCUCCGUUUGACAGCGAGCUGCGGCUCGCGCAGUGUUUAUAAUAAACUUGGCAGAGCGCGAGACAAUAGCGAGGCGGUGGUCUAGUUUCCAUGACAAUAGCAACCAGUGAGUGAGUGUGGACACGGACGGCCCCCCCUCCUCCCUAACCGACCGCCCCCUCCCACCACCACUCUCUGCACCGCCCACGCACUCUAGAGCAUCGCGCGCAGGUGUCAACGGAGCAAAACCAACCAGACUAUGUUAAAAUCCGAAUAAAGACAAUUUUAGUGAGGCAGGUCUGCUCUUCUAGGCCAAAUAGCCAAC